CAUGAUGCCUGCCCUCUGGGUCACGUCUGUGUUUAUCUCUGGUCCCUGGUUCCCAACUCGGCCUAUGUUUUCUCCCCCAUCCCUGUAUCUCUGUUUCUGCCUCUCCAUCCGGCAUCCAUUUCUCUGCCUCGACUCCUGGUCAUCCUGGUCCCUUCUUGCCUGUCCGAGCAGCAGCGUCCCAUCCAGCCCUCUUUUACCAAGUCCCUCUGCCGUGAGUCCCACUGGAAGUGCCUCCUGCUGUCGCUGCUCAUGUACGGCUGCCUGGGGGCAGUGGCCUGGUGCCACGUCACCACAGUGACCCGCCUCACCUUCAGCAGCGCCUACCAGGGCAACAGCCUCAUGUACCAUGACAGCCCCUGCUCCAACGGCUACGUCUACAUCCCCCUGGCCUUCCUGCUCAUGCUGUAUGCUGUCUACUUGGUGGAGUGUUGGCACUGCCAGGCCCGCCAUGAGCUGCAGCACCGUGUGGACGUGAGCAGUGUGCGGGAGCGUGUGGGCCGCAUGCAGCAAGCCACGCCCUGCAUCUGGUGGAAGGCCAUCAGCUACCACUAUGUCCGCCGCACCCGCCAGGUCACCAGGUACCGCAAUGGAGACGCUUAUACCACCACCCAGGUCUACCACGAGCGCGUCAACACGCACGUGGCUGAGGCAGAGUUCGACUACGCGCGCUGUGGCGUCAGGGACGUGUCCAAGGCGCUGGUGGGGCUGGAGGGCGCGCCGGCCACACGGCUGCGAUUCACCAAGUGCUUCAGCUUCGCCAGCGUGGAGGCGGAGAACGCGUACCUGUGCCAGCGCGCGCGCUUCUUUGCGGAGAACGAGGGUCUGGAUGACUACAUGGAGGCGCGCGAGGGCAUGCACCUGAAGAACGUGGACUUCCGCGAGUUCAUGGUGGCCUUCCCGGACCCGGCGCGGCCGCCCUGGUACGCGUGCUCGUCGGCCUUCUGGGCUGCAGCGCUGCUCACGCUGUCGUGCCGCCUCUAUGGCUCUCGGCGCAGUUGCCUGUGGCGCAGCCGGAGCGGUAGCGUCAACGAGGCCAGCUGCCCCACGGAGCAGACGCGUCUGUCCAGCCAGGCCAGCAUGGGGGACGAUGAGGACGACGACGAGGAGGAGGCUGGGCCGCCGCCACCCUACCACGACGCCCUCUACUUCCCUGUCCUCAUUGUGCACCGGCAGGAGGGGUGCCUGGGCCACAGCCACCGGCCGCUGCACCGCCACGGCUCCUGUGUGGAGACCUCACUGUGACCCGGGCUCCCUGAUGAGUCCACGCGCCCCUAGCCGACUCUGUACCCCGCGUGGAGCAGGGGAACGCAGGGGUCACCCAGACUGGGCAAGGAAGAGAUGGAACAAGAGGGCACUGGGGAGACCCCAUGGGGCUGAGAGCCACCUGCCCUGGACAGAGAUGGAGGAUGAGAGGGUGUGGCUCUCCAGAACCCCAGUCGCAGGCAGAGUGGCUUCUCCAUCCACUCCCCCUCUCCACACACACUCCGGAUUUCCUGUGCAGCUCCCAGUGGUUCUGCUGUUACUGGCAACUGUGUGAGGGGUGGGGGGACCCGGGCUGCCCUCCUUUGGAGGGUGCAUCCCUGGCUGGCAGCAGGGUGGUGUGGAGGUACAGGAAGGGCACCAGGGACUUUCCUGCCCCUUGGGUCCUCUGCUGAGGGCAACAGCAGGUCUGGCUGCCACCCAACUUAUUUAUUCAGUGGGUCUGAGGCCAGGGCCAGGUGGCAGCCCCAACACAGUCCCCACACCGUGGCAAUGUGGCUGUCCUCUUCUUGGCACUGGCCCCAGAGCUUGGGGCUUCUUUUCUGCCUCUUCCUGCACUGUUGUUUACGUUCCUGGGCCCCAGGAGCAGGUCCUGAGAGACUGUGCUCACAGCACCCAUGUCACUCACACUGUCCCCAGGGAGAGGGAGCCUCAGUCCUUUCUGGAAACAACGUAGCCUCCUCUUGGGCUAGGGCGGGUGCUGGCACCACUGGGGAGGCUGGUGUUAAAGCUGGCCAGGCUUAGUGAUGUAUGAGAUGCACCUAGAUGACAGAUACAGGGCAGUGGGGGUGGAGAGAGUGGACCUCUGAAGGGGGGGCUUGCCUCCCCAGACCUGUAGGGAGGAGUGAUUUGGUCUUGUCCCUCACCCUUGCCUCUGUGGGCUGAGGACCUGGUCACUGGACCAAGCUGGAGGGACAUUGAUUCCAGAGGCAGGAUCAGAGGCAGAAAUGCCUCUCUGCACCUCUCUGCCAGACUCCUCCAUCUCCCCUUGUGCCCUGAGCAGAAGCCCUGCUGUGUGUUUCCCGGGGUCUUCAGAAGGCCAUCCUUCCACUGCCCCGGGGGCGCUGGCCCUGUCCUGUUCCCAGAGCUCCAUAUUGAAGUUUCUCCCUCGUGCUCCCCACCACCUGCCCAGAUGUGCUUGGUGUGCAUGUCUUUGUACAGCCCCUUGCCUUCCCAGCUACCCAGCUCCUUUCCCAGCAAACUUAGCACCUGGGCACCAGACUCACAUCUCAGCCUAGAGAGGAUGACCUUGGGCACCCAGACACUGUGCCCCGGAUGCUUCUUGCUUCUCUGUUGCCAUCAGAGCUCUGCCAUUGGCCUCUCUCCUGGCUGCCCCCUGCCUGGCCAGGCCUGCACCUGCCUGAAGGUAUGGCCUGCGCUUGUCUAGGGGUAUGGCCCCCACCUAUACAACAUCUCCUCUAGCUCCUGCCCUCCUCCUCAGGGGAACACGGGUGGAGGGCAGAUUGUGGGGACAGAGUGGACCGUGAAUCAUUGGUGGUUGGGCUUUGCAGCUACACAGAGAUGGAUGAGCAAGGAGAGGCCAGAGAGGGAGUGGUGUGGGCAGAAAGGCACAGCCGCCCACCUGCCUGCCAGCUACCAAAACCAUAGGGACCCUGAGUCUGUGCUCCCUGGGGCCUGGUGGUGGGAACACCCCUCUGGGGAGGUGCAGAGGGUCCCCAUUAUUAUUUCACCUGUAUUGACCAUUUCUGCUAGGCGUGCUCUGCCAGUCAGCCUUGCCUCCCACAUAUGCACAGACUUAGAGAGAAAGCGAGUCUUUGGUCUAUUUUCUUGGUAGCUUUUAUUGAUUGCCAGGGAAAAUGAAAACCAGAAAAUUAAUUAAUCUCUAAAAUUAAACUUUACACCGAAUGUUCUUGUUUCUCUAAUUAGAAUCUCUGCUAGCAGUGGUGGCCACACAUACACCCUCACACCUACAUGUUUGCACUCUGGAGCCGUUUGAGGGUGUCAGGCAUGGAAGGACUUGAGGCUACCUGGACAGGCACACGUACGUCACUCCCGCAACCUCCUGUGGUGCUCUGCUCAGUGUCUGCUUGCCAGAAGGGGUCCCUGGAGAGUGGGCACCCCUGGGUUGUGGUCGAAAUCUGUGACCCAGCCUUUGGGGACCUGGGCCCAACCAUCAGGCCCCUUGGGCAUUGUGGCUGAUGUGAUUCCUAUGGGUGUGGCCAAGCUGGGCAGCCGCAGAGUGACAGGCACUCAUGCAGGGCACCCGGAAGGCUCCCUGUGUCCAGGGACAAGGGCUGUGGGGCAGGCUGGGCCUGGCCGGGAGGAGACAGGUCUCUGUCAUUUGGGUG